AUGUUGAAAAUGUACUUGAAAGAAGAAGACAAGAGUGUGGGGAGCCGCAAUCCCGAGAUCACGUCCCCAGCGACGGGCGGAGCCCUCGCGAGGGUGAGCGGUGGAUUGGGCGGAGCGAGACUCCAGAGCAUGGAGAUCAUGGCGUCCCCAUUUGGAGCAGGAGCAUGCAGCUCAACGAGGAGGAGAAGCGGGAACGGGAGCAGGAGCUGCGGCGCGACGCAGCAUUCCUCGGCAUCGCCAUCCGAUCGGCGGAACGCUAUUUGCGUGAGAGGAAGCGCGAAGCUGCAGGGCAACGGAAGCCGCAGCAGCCUACGACACUCAGGCCGCCAGCGACGCCAUCGCAGCCGACGGCAAGGCCAACAAGGAGGCCAGCAGCACAGCAGAGACGGCCGGCAGAGGUACCGAGACGGACGGCAGAGUUUACCGCUGCAACGGAUAGCGCGGCCGACAGCGACGCCAGCAGCGCGGCCACCAACCGAGGCCAUACGGAGAAGCCAUAUGGAGCAGCAGCGCAGCCGGCGAGCAGCCGCAGAGGCGCGACGCGAAGAGGAUCGGCGACGCGAGGAGGAGCGGCGACGCGAGGAGGAGGCCCGAAGGAAGGCAGCAGAGAAGGCGCAAAGGGAGGCGGCGCUGAACAAGGCCAUAAUGCGGGAGGCACAGGCCGCCCUGCAGCGGCAGAUGGAGGCCGCGCGGCGUGAAGCCGAAGCCCACGAGGGGAACGAGAAGGAGGCUCCGCCUCCUCCGAGCGACGGAGACGCCGACAGCGACGGAGACGCCGACAGCGGCAGCGACGGAGGAAGCGGCUGCGCCAGCGCCAGCGAUGGCGACGGAGGAACCGGCAGCGCCAGCGACGGCGUCGAAAGAACCGGCAGCGGACACGGAAGGUGA